CCUCUCCUCUAUGCUACCACAAAAUACAAUAUUCCAACAGAUCAGAAAAACAAUCCAAUCAAUAGAAAAGACAAAAUGACCACCACCGACCCCACAGCCUUCCUCUACGAUCUCCUCCAAUCCCUCAACGACUAUGCCCUCGACUCCCUGCACGACUUCCAAGACUACGUCGGCCGCCCCAAAGUGCGCCACUGGCUACGCAUAAUCGUCAUCGUAUUCGGGUACAUCAUGGUGCGACCAGCCAUCGAACUAUUCUUCAAGAAAAUGUUUGAGCGACAGGCCGUUAAGGAGGAAGAAGCGCAGAAGAAGAAGAGGGAGGAGGAGGAUGCGCAGUUGGUGUCGGAGGGACUUAAGAGGCCGAAGAAGGAUGGGAAUAGUUUGAGAAUCGGUACGAUGAAGGUUGAUGAUAACAAUAAGGAAAAGGAGGAGAAAGGGGUGAAGAGUGAAAAGGGGGAUAGUACCAAGACUGGGAGGAAAGCUGUCACUCUCGCGGCCGGUAACGAGAGAGACAAGGAUAAUAAAACCAAAGAUGAAGAUUACGAAAAUAGCGACCAGGAAGAUUUUGCGGAAAAAAUUAGGGCGAGUGGUGUACUGGAAUGGGGUCGUGAUGCGCGCAAGAGGAAGCAGCGACAGCAACCAGCUGUGCUGGAAGCGGAGCAGCAGCAGAAACAGAUGGAUGAGGAGAAGUUGAUGGAGUUGUUGGAUUGGAGCGACGAUGAGGGGAAGCAAUAG